AUGGCUGCAAUCGAGACGAAUGAAGGCGCUGUUGACACCUGGAGCGGCAUAUUAACGGACGCGGUGGCAAGAUGUGGACGCGAUAGCGAGCGAAAACUCUACUUGUACGGUAUCAGCUCCAAUCGCUGCGCCAAGUGCCACGGAAGACUCGAACCUAGUAACGACACGUGUGCUAGCUGCAAUUAUACGCACAAGACGCCACGCAAAUGUACACGCUGUAGUCAGAAGAACAACCCCGUCAUGUGGUGCGAAGCAUGUGAUGCUUACUUCUGUGAGCUAUGUCACGCAAAGCCACAUGUGCUGAUGCUGGGGAGCACCAAACCGCAUCGAUGUUUCCCUAUUGACGAUGCGAGUGGAAAGUAUUUUGUGGAAGCUGCGUGGUCCAAGGAUUUUAUGGCGAUGCUUGAGGCGAACUAUCGACUUCGUCUUGACGAAAAGGCGCAAGCGGAUAAGGGGGCGGAUAAAGAGCCAACGCAGGCUACUGGGCAACUGGAAGCACCAGCCGUUGAUAAAGUUGUAGAGUCCACAGCAACAACCACGACCUUGUUAAAGCAGCCACUGCAUUCUGCAGAAGGUUCAUCCUCUCCUGCUGCGGUAAAUGCUGCUGCUGAAGCUUCGUCAGCUUCUGCGCCAGUCGAACCGCCUUUGUCGAGCUCGAGACCAAACACUGAAGAGCUGUCGCGGAAGCGGCAACUGUUAGACGCAGAUGAUACGUGCGACAGGCUUCAAAAAUCGAAUCGCGUCGACAAAUUCUCACAUUCUGGUGGACAAGCUACUGCAUCACCAACAGCAACAGAGACACCAGCAAUAAUCGACGGAAUGACCCUGUAUGAUCGCGUAAAAGAAAUGCACGAUAACCGAGUGAGAGCUGCGCAAUCUAAUGCACCACAAGCUCGAUCACCAAAAACGGGAUUUAAUCGGCGCCUUUCUCAAACGGAAAACGCAAACGAGAGCAAGAUGAGCAAGAAAAACGAGGACCCGAUCAUGUGCUGCAGCAGCGGCAAACGAGAGCAAGAUGAGCAAGAAAAGCGGGGACCCGAUCAUGUGUUGCAGCAGCGGGAACAGCACCGGUUGCCCGACCAGGAGCAAGCGGAACAGUCAAGAAUGGAACAAAAGCGCCUGGACCACUUAGAACGUCUUAGGGCUCAAAAGCAGCAGGAGGAAGAGCGACUGAAAAAAGAGCAAGAGAAGAAACGAUUGCAAGCAGAACGGAGUCAACAAGCGGAGCAACAACGGCAAGCAAGCCAGCGUUGGCAAGAAAAACGCAAUCAAGAUAUGCUACGGCAGCAGGAAAAGCUUCAGGAACGGAAGCAGCAAUUGAUGAAAGAACGGAUGCGACAAGAGCAGGUUAUGCGUCAGCAGGAUGAGGCUCGAUCACUGAUGCCCGAAGGUAAUCAAUUCGUUAGCCAUGCUCAAUAUGUGCUACAUGCCCAGCCAGUUUAUGCCUCCAUGGCGUCAUCGAGUAUUUCUGCACCGAUGGCAGUUGUCUCCAUGGCUUCGCCGAACAUUUCUACUCUGAUGUCAACACACAACUGCUUUACACAAGUGCCGUCUCCAGUUAGCGUUUCUCCUCACGCCCCACGCUUCGAACCGGCUGUUUUAUCUUCCCAGAACUAUUCGGUUCUAUCAAAUCCUGGUGUAUCCGCAGCGUUUUCACCUAUGCGAAAUGAUCACGUUUACCAGGAGCACACAGCAGUACCAGUGUCAAGGUUCGAGACGGUUUCACAGGACCACGAUGGGAAGCGCCAUCUUGUCAUAAGGGCCCCUAAUGUCCAGCAAGGGCAGCAGCAGACGCAUUUCCCCGACGUAAUGGUUCCGCAACGAAUUGCAGCAGGAACAGAAGGAGGCUUUAAUCCUAGUAAAUCUGGCGAAGAUGACGAGCUACGUGCAAUCUGGGUGAGUGAUUACGACAAUGUGAAUGCGUUGGUCAUGCAACUGAAUAUGGAGAUCACGAAGCGAACGGAAGAAGGCCACUCAUUCGUGCACAUGUCAAACAACAUUACAAUCCCAGAGCAGCUACAGCUGCAGCUCACCAACCUUCGUGCUCAGCGAGACGCAGCAACAAAGAAGCGGUUCAAAUCACUGGCUCGUGUGUUAAUCUUUUCCAACGCGGUGCGUUUGUUCGCGCAACAAAACGAGCACAGCAACAUUUGGAGCGACGUCCCGGAGGUGCUGAAGGUAUCGCACAAAAAUUGUGCAGCGCUAGCCAUCGAGAUUCGCGAGUCUGACCGGCAAGCGCAAAAGUUGCGUGAAGGGAUUGACAAGGCUGUAUCCAGUGGGGAUCCAGUACAGAUGCAGAACGUUGCACGUUUGGGUGCUCAUAUCGCCGACUUAGAGGGGAAGAUCCGUACCUUGAGUGGUGAGCGCGACAAGCAGUUCACCUUCAUGUUCCAGUUCAGCAGCGCACUUCGAAACAUGGUACGCGCUGAGUGGGCAGCUACAGGAAGAGACUAUCAGACGCAAUUAAACUAA